AUGUCCCGCUCGUUUUUAGUCGAUACCCUGAUCAGUGACAGCAAAGACUGUAAAAAGACAAGUAUGUCUAGUGAUACACUGAGUCCGUACACAAAUUUGAUUAACCAACACUUUGACACACAACCGAAAUUUAUGCCGUACCCUUAUCCUGGAAAUUUAAAUAAUCUACUGAAUCUGGGACUGCAACAGCAACAGAGACCGCCAGAUCUAUUCAGACCAUUUCUAGAGCAUCUGAAUUUUCGCUACCCUGUUUUUCAUCAACUACCGCGACAGCCAGAAUUCUUCAAGCCAGUGCAUAGUGAAUCAAGACCUUUCGAUGGAUACUUAAAAACAGAAGAACAGGAACCGAUCAACUUUGUAAGCAAACGGAAGAAGUCGAUUUCUCCAUACCUUCAUCAUCCGUAUAAAUCGACAGCUACUUCUCCGUCGAAAAGUCAAGGUCAGAGGUCCCCUUCUCUUUCGAGUGAGAGCAGAAAUGAUACCCCAAGUCCUCCUCUAGCACACCCAGAAGAACUCCUGCCUGGUUAUUCGAAAGAUAUGAAACGAAUUCCUCUGAAAGAGGAUUCUAGUAAAAGAAUCAGGACAGCAUUUACUGGUACUCAACUGUUGGAGCUCGAAAGGGAGUUCUCAAUGAAUAUGUACCUGUCGAGGUUGAGGCGAAUCGAGAUCGCAUCGAGGUUGAAGCUAUCAGAAAAACAAGUGAAGAUUUGGUUCCAAAAUCGCCGCGUCAAGCUAAAGAAAGAAGAAAGCCCCAUGAUCUCGUGCGAGAAAACCAAGAAAUGCUGUUGCACUAAAGCAUCUUGUAAUAAAAAUAGCUCAGAGUCAUUCUGCGAUAAUGAACAAGAACAAAUAGACGUAGUUAGUGAUAAUGAUACAAGUUUCGAGGUACAAAAUCUUUCGCAAUACUCUUGAUCUUGCUUUAAAUGAAAAUGCAUAGACUUUUGAAAGUGAAUAAAUAUUUUUAUGUGCUAAAACUAAUAUUGAGUUUUCAAACUAAAUGAAAUGUUAUAUUUUUUGUAAAUAUAUCGCUGUAAUGUACAUUGUUAGUAUUUAAAUAAUUUAUGAAAGCAUCAUGCCAAUCAUUUAAUGUAUGUAAUUAUGUGAUUUCGAUGAUAUUUGGCAAAAAGGGAAUAUAUUUUCUUAGGAAUCUACUGUUUGUUAGAGAUAAAAAUAAAAUUUUUAUAUUUAAUUUCCUCAUUUUCAUUUAUGCGUUUGUCAACAAAGACCUCUUGUUAUUUCUAAUUUGAUCCAUUUGGAAUCCGGUAUUUACUGGAUUUAUUAGGGGGACGAAUGACAAGGCAUUCCAUCUGCGUAAUAAAAAUGUUUAUAUGGACCUGUAUAUCUCCAUUGUUCGUCGAUGAAAAUGCAGAGAAUUUCAAUAAUAAAUUUCAUUUAUUAGUUUUAUAGUAUAGCGUUUUAAAUAAAAACAAUUAAUUAUAGAAGAACUGAAUUAAAAAUAUACAAAUUAUUUUAGAUGUAUACUUACUUCAGAAGACUCGAGAAAGAAGCUCGGUUAUAACCAAGAGCCAACGAAACUUUUUAUUUAAAAUUUAAACAUUUUUCACAUUUGCCGCUUUACUACUGUGCCUAUUUCCAUCAAUUUAAUAUAAAAAAAAACUAUAUAGUAACUAUACAUAAUAAGAAACAAAGUCGCUUCCCGCUAUUUGUAUCACAACGGAUAUUAACUCGUUUAGUCAUAAUUAUACAGAGUGAUUUAAGAGAAAGGUGCAUACUAUGUACAAUUUAAGGCCUGGCAGAAAACUAGUUUUAAAUAAAUUUCAAUAUAGCAUCCCUUCUC